GCCCAUCAAGCUCAAAGGUCUCCUCACACGCUUCCCGUGAGGUCUUAUGUGGCAGUUUUUGCAGCUCUAAACAAGUUCUGCGUACACUUGAGACUCUCGCUUCAUUUUAGUGUUUAGCUUUGAAGCAUGGAACGCCGUCAUCCCAUCAUGAAAACAGCCAUCUGCAUCGCGUGGCUCAUGGCGGUUUGCGUCGCUCAAGAGGAAACCAAGAUUUCCAGUUCCAUUAACUCGUUCGGUUUCGAGCUCCUCCGAGAGAUCCCGGUCUCGUCUCAGACGAACAUCUUCUACUCACCGUACAGCGUGUACACGGCAUUGGCUAUGGCCUACGUUGGCGCCAGAGGCGAUACUAUGCAAGACUUGCACGAGGCGCUCGGUUACUCGUCAGUAGGCUUAAGUCCCGACCUCGUACCGAGCCUCCACGCCAAGCACACACGUCGGCUACGUGAGCAAGCUUCAAAUUCAACGCUCUACGCCGCCAACGCCGCUGUUAUUCAGGAGGGCUACAACGUGGAACAACAGUACCUAGACUCACUCAGACAGUACUUCGACGCCCAAGUAAGUACAGCAAAUUUGGCAGAUGAACAUACCUUGACGACCAUCAACGACUGGGUCAAGAACAAAACGGCAGGAAAAAUAGAGGAGUUGCUCAAUGCACCCCUUUCAUCGGACGCAAGGUUGGUCAUUCUGAACGCCAUCUACUUCAAGGGGCUGUGGAACACCCCCUUUCAUGCAGAGGCCACGUCCAAGGCUCCUUUCUUCAAUGCAGGAACAGAGCUAGUGCAGGUAGACACGAUGCAUCAAAAGCUUACGACGGGAUACGCUCAGGACGACGAGACGAACGCGCAAGUCGUCGACCUGGCUUACACUGGACUUGACUACAGCAUGGUUAUUGUCCUGCCACGAGAGAGAGACGGUGCGGAUGCUCUCAGGCGUAACUUUUCGCUGCCGCUCUACCAUCGUCUGCUGUUGAAGCUCAGGGACACAGAGGUUGAUGUCGCACUGCCCAAGUUCAAGAGUGAAAGCCUGUACAAGCUGAAGGGGCCUCUGUCGCAGCUGGGAGCAUCGAAGGUCUUCGACAAGCAACAAGCCGACUUCUCGGGCAUCAGCGGGUCUCGCGAUCUGUUCGUCUCCGACGUGGUGCACAAGGCUGUGGUCGAGGUGAAUGAAGAAGGCAGCGAGGCGGCGGGUGCCACGGCUGUUAUUUUUCACGUUGAGAGCCUGAGUGUAAGCACGCCAUUCGUGGUCGACCACCCGUUCCUGUUUUUCAUCCACAACAGACGUACGGGAGACAUUCUUUUUGCGGGUCAACUGAACCAUCUCUAGGCUUCUAGAGUCGCAGCCCAAGGUGCACUUUUUCUAAGCUUGGGGUAACGCCGUAGAUGUCGAAUAGUUUGACGACACUGACGGCGGAAUUGAAUUCAUUCUUUAUGACGAGAUAAAUCGUGA